AUGAAGGGUCCCCACGGUGCCUCGUUGGCCGGCGCCAUUGGCGCUUUGGCGUCCCUUGCUCUGCCUCUCGCCUCUGCGUCGAUCUCAGCGAAUGCCAAAGCUGCAUGCUCUGCACUUUCGGCCACCGGCAUCGAGACACUGACUUCGGAAUGGGACUGGUUAAAUCCCGACUACAUCACGGCGCAGAGCCAUUACUGGUCCGCCGCCAUCGCCGAACAGAUCCCGGCGUGUGCUGUGUUCCCGACCAGUGCUCAGAACGUUUCCCAGAUCGUGACGGUCCUCAAUGAGUAUCCUGACGUCCCCUUUGCCAUCAAGAGCGGAGGCCACGGAUCAAAUGUCGGCUGGUCGUCGACGGACGGCGGCGUGCUCAUUACGAUGAGCAAGCUGGCGUCGACUGUCAUAUCGGAAGAUCGCGCCACGGCUGAUAUUGGCCCGGGUUCGCGGUGGAUUGAAGUUGCUCGAGCACUGGAGCCUUAUAAUGUCACCGUAGUCAGCGGGCGACUUGGGGACGUCGGAGUCGGAGGCUUGCUGCUUGGCGGAGGCUUGAGUUUCCUCAGCACGCAGUAUGGCCUGGCUUGUGACAACGUCGUCAAUUAUGAAGUUGUGCUUGCAAAUGCCUCGAUUGUCAAUGCUAAUGCGACGAGCUACCCGGACCUAUUCUGGGCUCUGAAAGGAGGCGGGAAUCAAUUCGGAAUCGUCACCAAGUUUACUGUGAAAACCCACCCUAUAGGCAAGGUUUGGGGCGGUAUUCGCAACUACUCUGGAAAACACGCCGAGGCGCUCAUAAAUGCCACUCAUGACUUCAACUCCAACUUCUCGGACCCCAAAGCUGCCAUCAUUGUCACGGGUCAGAUCGCGAUUGACAGUCUUCUAGAAUUCUUCACCGUCUUUUUCUUUUAUGACGGGGAGACCCCGCCUCCUGGUGUCUUUGACAAGUUCAACGCUAUCCCGGUAGAUAUUGACAAUGCCAAGACUCAAAGUUAUGCAGACUUGUUGGAUGGAGAUGACUCCACGAAUAUCUACGGUCUCCGCUAUCUCAUCCGGGCUGCAACCCUCCCUAACCUCCCCUCCACAGCCGGCCGAUCCCUCUACUACGGCCACUUCAAAGCCUUCAAAGAAUAUGCCAUGAGCGAAGGCAUCCUCCACCCCGGUUUCACCUUCAGCAUUGCCUACCAACCAAUGCCCUACCUCAUCCCCAUGCACUCCGUCGCCGCCGGCGGCAACGCCCUCGGCAUGACCCCCGAGUCCGGCGACCACAUGUGGAUGGACUACAAUUUCGCGUGGCUGACCGGCCUCGGCGACGAUGAUGCGCACGCCAUGGCCAUGAACGUCACUGCGACUCUGGAAUCAUGGGCGCAGAGCACGUUCGCCGGGAUCGCGGCCACGAAUUACCAGGGCUCAAUGCAAGUGACGGCGUUGACUGAUGCGGGGUAUACCCCGAUAUUCAUGAAUGAUGCGAUGUAUGAUCAGCUGCCGGCACAGAGCUACGAGGAUGGUAACUAUCAGCGCUUGAAAACGAUCCAGAAGGCGGUGGAUCCGACGGGUUUCUUUCCGGGGCGGACGGGUGGAUUUAAAUAUACGUGA